GAUCCAAAAUGUAAUUUCAUCAAUGAAAGUGAAGCCAAGAGUUAAGCUGAUUCCAAAAUAAUCAUCAUGAAGCAUCGAUGGAUGAGUUACACUUUACUUGUGCUAUAUUAUGUGCAAGUUACCCAGGAAUGGUCUUGGUGGAAAGGCUCAGAUGACGAUUAUUUUGAUGGGGGAUGCGGUGGAUGUAAAAAAGGCUGUGGUCAUCACUUUGGUGGUAAGCAUAAAACCAUGAAUCAUCAUCAUCAUACAAUGGUUAUCAUCGAAAGAAAGCACAAAUCGCUCCUGAAAAAAAUCCUUUUCUGGUGGUGGCCAUUUGGAUGUAAACAUUUUAAGCCGGUAGUAGUUAAAACAUGUGCUGAUAGUUGGUGUGCAUCUCAUGAUGACCACUGGGGAGGAGGUUGCAAGGGUCAUAAAAGCCAUAAAAGUCACAAGUGGAGCAAAGGACACAAGGGCUGGGAUGAUGAUGACGAUGAUGAUGACCAUUGGCACAAAAAGAAGAAAAAGAAAUCUGAAGUUCAUGUUCAUCACUACCAUCAACAUCAUCAGCACCAUCAGCAUCACCAGCAUCACCAACAUCAUCAGCAUCAUUUACAUCAUCAACACGAGUGCGGUUGGUGUUCACGCCAUUACCAUCGCCAUCAUCACCACGGUGCCAAAAAGGGUAAAAAGGCUAAAAAGGAGAAACACAAGCCUAAGAAAAAGAAACAUAAUCAUGAUAUUAUUAUAUUAAAUGACGGAGAUCAUUGGGGUCAUCAAGACCAUUGGGAUCAUAACGACCACUGGGAUAAUAACGAUCAUUGGGACCAUUGGGAUCAUGGCCAUAAAGAGCAUGGAGAUGUCUGGGCCUGGGUUGAUGGUGACCAUAAAAAAAGCAAGAAGAAGAUGAAAGGGACCAUGGAAAAGUUUGAUAAAGAUGUAGAUAACUAUAUUCACUCAAUUCAGGAACACAUUGGAGUGGAUAGAAAAGAUGUAGCUGUUAAUGGAGAUUCGCUGGAGACUAGGCGGAUUAAUCAAUUAACCAAGAUGAAAGAUGGGGAAAAGACUAAAACAGUUAAACAAAAGAAGAAAAGGAAAUUUCUUGGUUUCAUUCCAAUGUUCACAUAAUUGUUGAUUAAUUUUGUUUUAAUCAUUUCUUGUUCACUAACUAAAACCAUUGCCAAAUAAUUUAAUCUUGAUAAAAAGGGCUGAAAAUUUUUAGUCUAAACAAGUACCAAAAAGAAGCAAAAUGAAAGUUACACCGCUGACUGUUCAUUGCUGCUAACAAUGGUGACUCAAAAGUUUGCCAAACCUUUCAUCAAAACAUGGUUAACGCGCCAAUAUGGCGUAACCAUUUUGUUUAUUUUAUUUUUCAUUAUCACCAUUUUCAUCUUUUGUCUCACUAACAAUCAUUUUUAACAGUGUCAUUUUCAUUCUCAUUAGCUUAAUGUUUUGCUUUUGAAGUGUACUAAUCAACAUUUCUCACCAUAGUGUUAAACAAUGUUUAAAGGAUCAAAUAACUUGCCACCAAAAAAAAGCAUUGAACUGUUCUGUCUAAAUACAUCAAGUGGUUUUAUUUUGGAUACAGUUUCUCUCAACUGUUACUUUCUUGUUAUCUACAAUUGAAUUUGCUAAGCUGACAUUUGAUGAUCUCUUUCAACUCCAUGUGCUUUUCCUGUAAAUUGGCUUGGCUUCUACUGAUAAUGCUGCAGUAAUUAGCCUCUUGUUUCAACGAAAGACCAAGAAAAGUAAAGCAAAUGAAAAGAUGGAAAAAUAACGCCAUUCAAACGGAGACAAAAGAUUCUUGGUUUUCUUUAAAAAAGGGGACGAUGAUUUGAGCCCUUCACUUUCUUCCAUAAGGAUGGAGUUACCCAUGUCAGAUGCACUUUUACUGAGAUCUCCAUUGAAUGAUGACCUUUCUGAAACUUGGAUGUACUGUUGUUUCCGGUUUGAUGAUCCUAUACGAUGGUCUUUUGGAUUAUCUAAAACAGCAGAGGGAGAAACAAAAAUUCAAUUAUAAAAUCAUGAAAAGAGAUGAGAAACAAAAGGACAGUUUUAUCUAUUUAAAUCAUUGAUUGAAAUGGUUCUUCAAGAUUUCUUAACAAUGCCAGUCAAACAAUUAAUAUCAAAACUCUUGUGGUUAACUUUCCCUUCAUCUCACGUCCGUGUCACCGUAAAAAAAGUACAAAGACAAAGGUUGAGGAAAAUUGAAAACAAUCAGAAGAAGGAUCUGUCCACAAUCAAAGAAGUCUAAGAGAAACAUCAAGUUGAUGAGUUGAACACUAUCAUGUUGGCAAAUCGUCUUCACCACUCUCACUCAUUUCUCUCAAAUCUAAUUAACUUAACCAACAUGGUUUUAAAUUGCUGCAGUUAUUGAUUUGGAUCUAUUAGAAGCAAGUGGAUGCAGCAAGUUGUUUGCAGUAAACAAAGGAGAAAGCUUAGUUUAUGAGACAAGAGAACUGUGAUGAAAACAAUUGGAGGAAUAACAUAAAUAUUUUCAGAUUAAAAUGUAUUAUUUCACAAAGUUGCCAUCAUUUAAAUGGUUGCUGUUAAAGCUGGAAAUAGGAACUCAGAAAAGUUCAACACUGGCUGUUAAAGUGGAAGAUCAAAUGUAUAAAAACAUUGAUUCUCAUCUUCAUCCCAUCUCACGCUAUUCAUAAAUCUUGGUGAAACAGUGAUUAUGUACCAUUUAAAGUGUUUUGCAAGAAUCGAGAAUAACUUGCAGAGAAAUGCGCAAAAAUGGUUCCAUCAGGUAAUCAAACUACAAUGGAUUGGUACAAGCAUUCAAAACUUAUGGAAGUGCAAAAGAGGAAAAAUAAGAGCUAAAAGUGGAAACAAGAAAUCUGAGGAAUAACUAGGAAGAAGCAUUUGUUUCUUCUUCACAGGAAUGACUUUCCAUGCCGUUGUACAAUAUUUUGGAGACAAAUUUUAUCUCUCCUUUUUUUCAUAUUAUUAACAUUAUUAUUAUAAUAAUAAUCUAACAACAAUACAUUUACAUGGUCAAUGUAUUUAACUAUCUCUACAUUAUUUAACCUGUCAACUCUUUAAAUUGCUCUGUGAACCAAAGCUUAUUUUUUGGAGGUCAUUUUUCAUUACCAUGGGAACAACUCAUAGGAAAGAGAUGAAGAAUCGAGGAUAAAAAGCAGAAGGAAAAAGGAAAGAAAAGAUUAAAGUUUAUCAUUUUUCGAUUAAGGUCAAAUUCAUUCAUUGAACCAGAGUAAAAUCAUCAUUUUUGAUGUUCCAAUGGCAACAUGAGGAAGAAGAAAAUAAAGGAAACCGAGGAAUCAAAGUGAAUGGAUGCAGUAUGCACAAAAUUUCAUCUUGACAGGUCGUUAAAUUAAUUUGUUCAAAGGAAAGAGGAGAUUGAAGGAAAGAAGAAGGGAAAAAAUGUUUGUUCUUUCAAAUCUCAAGUUCAGAUCAUGAUCACGAUCAGAAUGAUUAACGUACAAAAAGCUCAAAGAUGAUACCAUCAAGAUCCAUAAAGGUGAUUGCAGUAGAUUUAUUGCAGUGACACAGUAAUAGCUACAAUGUGUGAGAUAUUACCAAAUUGUUUUACUUGUUUAAUGUUAAACGUUUCCCAUACAAUCAAAAUUAGCCAACACUUUUUUUGGUGAAUCGCAUUUUUCGGACAUUCAUUUCAAUGCUUAUUUCAACCAAUUGAUUCAACACUUUGAACAUUUCAAAGAAACGAAGCUUUAUCAUAUUAAUUACUCUGCUGAUUUAGAUUUAUAAUGGUUGAAAAUAAUGGAAUGGACCAGAAAAAGAAAGAUGAAAUAAGCCAUGAUGAAUGGGAAAUAUAUUCAUUUGACAUGGCAAUGAAUGGCAAAUAAUGUUCAUAAAGCGUAAUUUGUGCUCAUUCAUUAAAAUCGUAAUACAUUUUUACCAAUUGA